CGGAGCGGACGUGACGCGCGGGGCGCUCAGGGGCCGCCCCGCAGCGAUGGAGGCGCGGGAGCCGCUGCGGGACGUGCGCGGGGCGCUGUGGGCGGUGCUGGCGCGGCUGCGAGAGGGAGAGCCGGGCGAGGGCCGAGAGCCGUUCGAGCUGCCGCGCUUCUGGGACGCGCUAGGUCAGACAUUCCAAGUAGCAUCACAGGAAGCUACAAAGCUGAGUCUGGCAUUCUCAAGGCCUCCACUACCUUCUGCAGAGGAUUGCCAGAAGCUGAGUGAGGAUGUCCAAAAUGCAGUUCUUGCAGUUGCCACAGUGUACUACUGGCUACCCAAGGGCCAAGGUACUACUCUUCGAAAGAUGGUUCGAGAUGCUACCACUGAAGUAGUGGAAGGGAUGAUCCAACUCACAGACACAAUUCUCAAUGCUCCAGCGGAGAGCUUAUCUCAGGAACAGCUGAUAUCAACUGGGGGUGUGUGGGAGGCCUGUGAGCAAGUGUGUAACCUGCCACGAGAUAACCAGGCAGCAGUUGUGUCAGCUCUGGCUGCAUAUCUAGGUGUGGUCAAGGAUGCUGUGGAGGAGAUGGAAAAUGCACUGGUGGAAGGGCAGGAUCCCUAUGGGGACAUCAUGGAAGAUGAAGAGCUGGGCUUUCGGGGCAACAGAGACACGUAUUGGUCAGAGGCUGACCGGCAGCUGCUCAGCUCCUGCAUGGGAUUAAUGAAGGCUUCUAAAGCUUGUCUGAAGAAGGUCUUGGCUGCAGUGAAGGCCCAUGGCAAAGCUGAUUCUCCAGAGCAGAUUGCACAGCUGGAUGACCUGGCAGACAUUGCUAAUGAGAUCAGCCCAAGUGUUGAUGAGCUGGCUCUGAGCAUGUACCCACCUGUGAACCCAUUGGCUGUGCGACUCAAUGCUGCUAAGUUGGCCUCAGUAUUAAAGAAAGUCUUAGAGAUUGCAAAGACAAGCCAUGUAUGUCCACCAUCAGAGGAAGGCUGGGUGCAGUUUCUAACUGGUGCAGUAGAUCACAACAUGAACAAAGUCAAGAACUUCACACAGGGUCAGCUUUAACUCUUCUGUGCCUACAUAUGUUGCUGCCACUGGCUCUGGCAUCUGCAUUUCCAGUGAACUUUGCUGUUCUUCAGCUGCUUGGAAAAUGAUGAGAAAAUGUAGGAGAGAACUUCACUGCUACUUGGAAGAAAUUCUCCAGGAAGUUGCCCUUUGCCAUUGCAGAAGGUGUAAUUUUGCUUGGAUUCUUGGGAUGAUGGGGUGCUGCAUCUUAAUGUGCCCCAUUCUUCAGACAUUAAAACUACUGUGGGGUUCAGAGAAAAAUAAAAUAUUGCUAGAUUUACA